AUGGCUCGCAUACAGAUCCCUCUCGACGUCCUGACGUCGCGCCUCAACAUCUCGGAUCGCUUCGAUGGCUUCCGCAACACGUCUCUGUCAAGCAGGUUCUCCAACCUGAGACCCGUUGGCGAGUUCCUCGACUUCAAGCGCCUCUCCAAGCCUGCCAACUUCUCCGAGAUGCAGUCGCGCGUCAACUACAACCUUGGACAGUUCUCCAGCAAUUACGUUCUCGUGUUCUUCGUCUUGAGCAUCUACGCUCUCGUUACGAGCCCGCUCCUGCUCUUCGACAUCGUCCUGCUCGUUGCCGGUCUUUGGCUUCUCGGUCGCCUCAACGGCCAGGACCUUGUCAUUGGAACCUUCCGCGCCACUUCUUCGCAGCUCUACACCGGUCUGUUCGUCACUGUUGCCAUUCUUGGUCUCAUUGCCCCGACUUUCAGCACCGUUCUCUGGCUGCUUGGUGCCAGCGGCGUCGUCAUCAUUGGCCACGCUGCGCUUAUGGAUAAGCCCAUCGAUGAGGCUUUUUCUGGGGAGGCGCGACGACACGGACACGCAAGGCGGGUAGAUCUGAGCAGGGAUGGCCGACAGCGAAGGGCCUAUGGGUACGACAAAGAAGAGGAAGACGAAUCCACGGAGGAGGAUUCUGAGGAGAACUCCGAAAACGACACCGAAGACGAUGACGAUGGUGCAUCCCGAGAGAAAGAGGACAUUCUGGUGCAGUCAGCAUUAGCAAGGAUCCGACGAGCUCAGGACAAAGGCAAGCAGGAUGUCAAGCUCAGCAAGGACGAACUCGCAGCACUUGAGCGGAGACGAAAGCGACUCGAGGCCGAGGCAAAAGCCCGGCAACGGAAGGCUUCUGGCAGCGAGAGGAAAUCACGAAAGGAGCAACGGAUUGCCGUUCCCCUUUCUCAGUUCGAGGUCCCUCCUUCUCGCACGAGAGCGGGCGCCUCUAGAUCAGACGACGCCCUCCCACGCCAUCCAUCUCCGGCGACAGUCAACCACGGCCAAGCUCGUGGGCCCCCAAUGGGUCUAUUUCCGCCUCCUGCUGGCUCACGAAACCGACCUCGUUCGGCCACUUCGUCAUCUCAUCGUCCUCCCUACAGCCAAGGCAGCUCCUCUCCUUUUGAAUACAACUAUGUGCAGACACCUCCUAAUCAAAGGCACGCGUCGGACUCAUCAGCUCGAGCGUCUCCAUCUCGCGCUCCUUACCCCCCGGACGACGAUGUUGCAGACUGGCGGCCGUCCUCUUCAUCUUCUCGCGAUCCUCGGGAUCCUUUCCGGUACCAAACAGCCGGUCCGCGCGCGCCGUACGUCUCUGGCGCUGCGGCCGCCAGGCGGAACGGGUCUGGACCCCCGGGAUCGACAUACAGCAAUACGUCUCGUCGACAGGCUCCUGCUGCAGCUAGGAGCGGCAGCGACGAGACCAGUGAAGAGGGAGAUGCAAGUUCGACAAGUGACGACCAGGGGAGUGGUGCUCACAUCUCGCGCAUGAGGACCCCCGAAGAAGCGGCUAUCGUCGUCGAGGAGGCUCCCCCUUCUCCUGAGCCCGAGCGGCCCAAGAGCAAGAGGUCAGCCUCUAGGACUUCGCCUGCGAAGCGGAAACCCGUCGCAAGUGGUAAUGGAAGGAGGCGCCGGAAGAACUAA